GGGGGAUUAUGAUGGAUGAUGAUUUGCAGCAGGACCUCUGAAAUCAUCAUGAAGGCACCGAGCGAUGCCCCUCGGGACCGAGGCUGCUUGGUAGGGAUAAGCUUCUUCAUUCUGGGACUGGGAACGCUGCUUCCCUGGAUUUUCAUGACAGCAUCAUUAUAUUUCCAGGGGCGCCUGAACACAACAGAAUAUAUCAACGGCACAGUUACUGUCCACAAAGAAUAUUACUUCAACAACUGGAUGACUCUUCUGUCCCAGCUGCCCCUGUUGCUCUUCACCCUGCUCAACUCCUUCCUCUACCACAGGAUAUCUGAGGCGAUGCGCAUCGCCGGCAGCCUGGUUUUCAUCCUGCUGCUCUUCAUUCUAACAGCCGUGUUGGUCAAAGUGCCCAUGGAGGAAGACCGCUUCUUCUCAGUCACCAUGGCAACCAUCUGGUUCAUCAACUCGUUCGGCGCCGUGCUGCAGGGCAGCCUGUUCGGUCUGGUGGGCCUGCUGCCUCAGAGGUACAGCGCCAUUUUCAUGAGCGGCCAAGGCCUUGCUGGGACCUUCGCUGCCGUGGCCAUGCUGCUCGCCAUCGCCAGUGACACGGACUCUGAAACUGCAGCUUUGGGUUACUUCAUCACGCCGUGCGUGGGGACUCUGGUCACGCUGGUCAGCUACCUGUUCCUGCCCCGUCUGGAGUUUGCUCAGUAUUAUCUGGGCAGAAGCAAGAAGUAUGACACAAAUGCCACGACUGAGCUUCUCAAAUGUGAGGACGACAAGCUCAACGGCUGCGCUAACGGCUCCGUGCCCUCCGGCGGGUCAAACUGUGACAAUUCGGCCGUGACUCAGGAGGAAACUGCUACCGAAGGGACGAAGCAGGCCUUCUUGGUGCUGCAGGAGGCCGAGUGCGUCCAGACCAAAGCCUCGGUCAUGGAGGUCUUCAAAAAAAUCUGGCUGAUGGCAUUCUGCGUAAGCUUUGUGUUCACGGUCACUCUAUCCGUUUUCCCUGCCAUCACCGCCGACGUCAAAACGUCAUUCCCUGGAAAGUGGGAGCGCUUCUUUAUCGCCGUGUGCUGCUUCUUGAUCUUUAAUAUCAACGACUGGCUUGGUCGCACCAUCACCACCGUGGUGCAGUGGCCCCGUAAGGAGUCUCUGCUCUUCCCACUGCUGGUCGUCUCGCGCCUCAUCUUCAUCCCGCUGCUGAUGCUCUGCAACGUCCAGAGCCGCUCCUUCCUCCCCGUCUACUUCCCCCAAGACGGCGUGUUUGCUGCCAUCAUGGUGGUGUUCUCGCUGUCCAGCGGCUACUUCGUGUGCCUGUCCAUGUCCUACGCGCCACAGCUCGUGGAACCCAAAGACGCUGAGAGAGCCGGAGCGCUGAUGACCUUCUUCCUGGCUCUGGGUUUGUCUUUGGGAGCAGCCAUAUCCUUCCUCCUCAGAACUCUGAUCUGACCCACUUACAUCUAUCGCCAGCUGCUGGACAUCAGCUGCUGUCACAGCGUGCUGAGGAUGUGGCUUUUCAAAAUAAGAGCUACAUAAA